AUGGAUAGCAGCAGUUCGCCAGACUACAAAGCUCUCUUCUUGCGGGAAGUAGCAUUACGAAGAAGGGUGGAGGAGCAACGGGAACUGGAAAGGAGGAGGCGCGAACAAGCAGAGGACCGCCAAAGGCAGGCAGAAGAGGGCCAGAGACAAGAGAGAGAGCGCAACCAACAAACUACCUUUGAAGAGUUCAUUCGAUCCUGCCACAGUCUUCUCUCCCGACCAUUGAGAGUUGAAGCCCCUUCUCGCUCCACAACGGGAACGAUUCCACCACCCACUGGCAAGUACUGUCCGACACGCCUUCGUUUCUGGGCGGACUGCCCAGUUAGACAACAGGAAAUCUACAACUCUGUUUUGAGGUAUCUGCAGUCAGAUGUGGUGGCGCCCCGACUUUUUUCACCCAUUGUUGAGCUGGAAGGUCUGGGUCGACGAUUCGCUCGCCGGCCAAUUAGCAGUGAACAAGAUCUUGAGAGCUAUGAGCGAUUUGCAGUGGAGGACCAUGUUCAUGACAUAAUCACAGAGUUAUGCAAGCUGCCGGACGCUCGAGAAGAAUUCCAGCUGGGUAAUGGUAUUCAGUUCGAUAAUCAUGCCAAUGCGCUGGAUGCAGUUGAGGGUGAAUCAGCAACCGGCCAGCCAUCGACUUCACGGCCCUCGAGACCUGACCAAUUUUGCAUCCAUAGAACUGACGGCAAUACCACUACCUUACUGACAACAGUUGAAUACAAACCACCUCAUAAGCUCUCUGUGGAAAACCUCCGUGCGGGACUCCGGCCGAUGAACUUUUGGGAUGAAGUGGUCCAACCUGAAACUAUCCCCACAGACAAGAAGGAAAAAUUAAAGUAUAAUGCAGAGCGACUGGCAGGGUCUGUGCUAGUCCAGGAGUACCAUGUGAUGAUUCAAGAAGGGCUUGAAUAUUCCUACGUAACCAACGGCCUCGCGCUAGUCCUACUUCGCGUGCCUUAUGAUGAUCCAAGUACACUUGAUUUCUAUUUGUGCGAGCCCAACAUGGAUGUUUGUGCGGACGAUGACUCUACUUUCCAACAACCGAGAACAGCCAUUGGAAGAGUCCUCUGUAUCUGCUUAAUGAGUUUUUCAUCGACCCCCCGCAGCCAGGAGUGGAGAAAUGCUGCACAAGCAAAGUUACAUGUUUGGAAGACGAACUUUGAAUAUACACGAUCUCAAAUCCCAGAGGAGGAGCUGCGGCAGACGCCUCCGCGGUCUGAGUAUACCAGUUCUGAAUAUACAGGCUCCGAAUAUCUGCCGUCGUCCUCCCCCGUACGAACCUCCCCAGGCAGAGGUCGCCGAGUGCCUACCCGAUCCCAGGUCAAUUGUGCUCCGCCAGAUACAGCGCGUCGAUCAGAAUUAAUGGAUUCUUCAGACUCUGAUUCUCAAGCUGCUCCGGGACGGAAGCGAGGGUUCAGCGAGGUUACCUCGUCUCCCCCUAUCCAGCGAUUGACGCGCCAAAAUCAUACUCAAAAUUGCCAAGAUUAUGGGUCUCGUCAACAUGCAAAUAUGUUCUGCACGCAGCGGUGUCUGCUUGGUCUACAGCAGGGUGGCCUAUUAGAUGAUCGCUGCCCGAACUUGAAGUUCCAUCAGCAGGGAGGACACGGCAACCGACACCUUAUCAACGCAGAGCGCCUGGUGCAGCUAAUCAAACUGCAAUUGGACACGAAUAUCGAUUGCAAUUGCACACCUAUGGGGAGAUGUGGUGCGUACGGCGCCCCUUUCAAAGUCACUUGUGCUGCUUAUGGGUACACUGUUGUUGGGAAGGGAACAACCUCUCAACUUUGGAAAGAAGUCUCCCGCGAAGCAGAAAUUUACCGUGUUCUACGACGUGCACAGGGAUCGGCAGUUCCAGUCUUCGUAGGAGCUAUUGAUUUGGCCAAGAUUUACUUCCUACAUGGGGCCGGUGAGAUUCGUCACAUGCUGCUCUUAGGUUGGGGGGGUGAAAUUACUACUGCACUCGAAAAUGGCUCCGCGCUGCGACGCGAGAUAUCCAAAUCAGUGAAGGAAAUUCGCUCUUUAGGUGUUUUGCAUCAGGACCUUCGGCCUGAUAAUGUCUUGUGGAACGCUGAGCUAGAGCGGGCCCUAAUCAUUGACUUUCAUCAUUCCAUGUUGGUGCGUCGGCCACCUGCAAAACAGACAAGAUCCCUAAAGAGACCGCCAUACGGUGCAGAUAUGUGUGAAGCAAAGAGGCUCCAUGUACGUUAA